ACAAUAAUGCCUCCAAAUUUUUUUGUUUCUCAUGCUUUGGAAGAAGGACAAGAUUGGAGGGCGUUUAUGGCUGGUAUUGCUACAUACCCCAACUUCAUGGUUGCUUGGUGGGAUGUUGAUACGGUCUUAUUGCCGAUUCAUUCAUCCCCUAAUCAUUGGCUAUUUGGGGAACUACGAUUAGCGUCAAUGGAAGUGCAUAUUUAUGACAGUCUUGGUAGAGGUGCUUAUGAAAAAUUCCAAUCCGAAGGAAUCUUUUCCAAAUUUGAACGUCGGGUGGCAAAUUAUUUGGACAAGAUUAAGUAUUGGGGGCGGAGGAACAUCCCAAGGAUUCCAUUGAAUAUGCAAUUCAUUUAUGAAGAAAACGUUCCCCAACAAAGUAGUCAUUUGGGAGAUUGCGGUGUUUUUCUUUGUAUGUUUAUGGAGCAAUUGGUUUCAGGUCAACCAAUACGUGUUCUUAUUGACCCAAAGAACGCAGCUUUAGAGUUCCGUCUCCGGAUGGCAAAAAUUAUUUGGGGGUCUAGUCUUGCUCCUCUGUAGUUGGAUUAUAUAAAUGUAUAUACAAAUUAAUGUUGGAUUUCAUUAUUAGUUUAUCUUUAGAGUUUACUCAACGGAUGACAAAAAAUAUAACGUUACGACAAUUACAACAAUUUAAUGACCUACUAAUUACUUAUCAAUAAAUUCAACAUAAG